AUGGCCGAUCUAGACGUUGCCCUCGGCAAACCCGAAUACUGGGACGAACAUUAUUCGAAGUCCGACGGCGAACAACCGACGCACGAAUGGUUCCGCUCGUUUGAGGACCUGGAAGAUUUUUUCCACCAAAAUCUUUUUACUGCCCCCGGCCUAACCGCCGCAGAUGACCCCCUGAUUCUCCAUCUGGGGUCUGGAGAUAGUGUGAUCCCACUAGAACUCAGCUCCAGGGGUUACAGCCACCACAUCUGCGCCGACUUCGCGCCGGCGCUGGUCUCCAUGAUGUCGGAGCGGCACAAAGAGGUUCCCGGGAUACGCUGGCUCCAAAUGGACGUCCGGGACAUGGUUGGGCUCGCCGAUAAGUCCGUCUCGGUGGCCUUUGACAAAGGCACGCUGGACGCCAUGCUUCACGGCAGCCCCUGGAGCCCGCCGGCCGAUGUGUUGGAGAAUACGGAAAAGUACAUGCGAGAGGUACAUCGGGUGUUGGCAGACGACGGCGUCUUUCUCUACAUCACAUUUCGACAACCACAUUUCAUGCGUAUCCUCCUGCAACGACAUGGCUUGUGGAAUUUAGAUUGUCAGGUUUUGGGGGGGCAUGAUGGUGGGUUUGAAUAUUUCGGGUGGGUGAUCCGCAAGGCGGGGGUUAGGCAGCCAGGGACACCGGAGACAAAAGAAUCGUGA